AUCAAUUCCACCUCACCACGGGGCGUAGAGCCCACGAGCAUUGACAUCCGAUACACUUGCCACUUUCUUCUUCUAGCUACAUGCAGCAUACCCACUAUACCAGCUGACGUACAUUGCGCUAAGCCAUCCUCAACCUUCACCCUCUUGCGCAUCAUAUCUUCCUUCCACCUCCGACCACGCCUUUCCAACCCCACGAUCCCUACCGCAACCACAACCACCACAAGAACAAACCCAACAAAAUGUCAACGCAGUACAACACCGAACCGCCCGCGACAGCGACAGCGACGCUGCACACGACGCUAGGGCCAAUCCACAUCUCACUCUUCGGCACGCAAACGCCGCUGACGACGCGGAACUUCCUGCAACACGUAGCAGACAACUACUACACGGGGACGAUCUUCCACCGGAUCGUGCCGGGGUUCGUGAUCCAGGGCGGCGACCCGACAGGCACAGGCGCAGGCGGAACAUCGAUCUACGAGGAACCGGAAUUCGAGACGGAUCCGGACGCGCGCGACCCGACGGAGAAGAUCGUGCUGCGCGAUGAGCUGCACAGCCGGCUGCGGUUCAACCGGCGCGGGCUGGUCGGGAUGGCGAAGAGCGAGGACGGCACGUACGGCAGCCAGUUCUUCAUCACCCUGGCCAACACGGAGCGCGAGCUGAACGGGCAGUGUACGCUGUUCGGGCGUGUCGAGGGCGAUAGUAUCUUCACUGUGCUUAAGAUCGCGGAGGCGGAGGUUGUAGAGGGUACUGAGCGGCCUGUUUAUCCUGUUAAGGUGACCGGGUGUGAGGUCGGGGAGUUGGGCAAGUUCGCGGGCAAGGUGGUGCUGGAUCGGCGGCGGCAAGGACUGGCUUCUUCUGAUGCCAUCGCUGCGGAAAAGAAGGAUAAAGGGGCUGCUGCUGCUGGUGCUGGGGGCGGCAAGAAGAAGAGCAAGAAGCCGAAGAAGACGCUGUUGAGUUUUGCCGGUGGGGAUGGGGAUGAGGACGCCGAGGAAGAGGAGAUGCCUGCGAGACCGAAGUAUAACGCUGCGCUCGUCACGGAUCUAUCAUCGCCGUCUACGAAGAAGAAACACGAGCCAGAGUCAACAUCUGCCCAUAACAAACGCCCUCCUCCUCAUUCGUCCCCUCCUAAAGCCCCCGCUGCAGACACCACCACCACCACUCACAAAAUCAUUCCCGACCCUUCGACCCAACUCCCACUCCCAGACCCCGAAUCCCCCGCCCGCUCCCCUUCCCCAGAAGUCUCAGCCUCAACCUCCACCGCAGCACCCAAGAAAUCCCGCCUAGACCGCACCAACGCCGAGAUCGAAUCCGUGAUGGCCUCCAUGCGCCGCACGAUCCCCUCAAAUACAACGGACACCACGCACAAGAAAUCCGCCCUAGAGGCCAUGAUCCCUGCAUCGGCCAUCCGGGGCCGACGCCGUCCUCCCCCAGGCAACAGCAGCAGCAGCACCACAACCAUGACCGGAAGCGGCAGCGGCAGCGGCAGCGGCCUAACAGGCUUCAGCAGCUCAACCGACGCGCAAGCCCUGAAGAUGUUCAACGCCUUCAAAGCGAAGCUCGAGAACGCAGACGCAGUCACCACGACCACAAACAACCACAACCACAAGAACCCAUCAUCAACCGCAAAACGCAACCCCAACCCUACCACCAGCAGCAGCCGCGAAGAAGACCAAGAAGAAGACGAAGAAGCCCAACUCUGCGACCUCCACUUCAUCGCAAACUGCCAAUCCUGCCAAUCCUGGAACGAGCAACCUGACGACGCCGCAUUCAACUCCAACGCAGCCGCAGCCGCCGAUGGCGCAGACAACGACAGGGGGUGGCUGACGCACCAGCUGCGGUUCGGGAAGGAUACGCUGGGCAAGGACUUGAAGUGGAAGCAGGAGCAUUCGGACGACGUGGACUCGCUGAUGGUGAUCGAUCCGCGCGAGAAGGAGCGCGAGAUUAGCGGGAAGAGUGGGAAGAGACGGGGGUUGGAGCGAGAGAGGGAGAGGGAGCGCAAGCGGGGGCGCGUUGGGGAUUUGGAGUGGGAGAGGGAGAGGAGGCGUACCUAUGUAUCCGAAUUGGAAAAGAAGGAUGAUCUGGAUGUGUAUUAUAAGUCAGUAGUCACUGUAUAUAUUCACCAUGUCAACUCAAUUCUGUACUACUAA